GGCCGUAAACCACUCGACCGUUUCGACGACAUAUCAUCGAUCAGCUGCAUAUUGGUGCACUGGUGCGCAGACUGUUUCGUCUAAAUGACUUGUGCCGUCAGGCCGUCUUUACAAUCUUGUCUCACACUGAGAAUACCGAGUACACUGACAUACAACGGUUACUGUGUAGAUUUGUAGAUACAUCAAAAUAGUACAAUACUUUUAAACUGUUUUAUCUUUCAUGUAUUUACUUUUUAUUAUUGUCUUGCCUGCGUUAAAUGCGUCUAUCGAUUUUUAUCCGUAGCAUUCCGUUUCGAUUAUACAAAAACGAUAUUACUAUCAUAAUUGACGACGCUGAAAUAUAUCAAUAGAAUAUGUAACAAAAACAACAACAACAACAACAACGGCUAAUAGUGACGCUAACGAUAACGCAACUCCGUAAUACAGACUCACCACCACGGUAUAAAUACAAAAGGUAGUAAAGUAUCUCAUUAUUAAUAGUUUUAAUAUGAUAUUACGAUUUGUAAUAAUAGUAAAUAGUUAAUAGAGAAGUACCUAAUGUUACUUCGUCUUGUCCCGGCGUUUUGUGUUGUUGCGUAAUUUUUAUCAUUUCGUUUACGCGUCUUGUGAGAUUUCAAGACGUCGUCGACGAUUAUUGGAACGCGAAAACCUGAACUGCGAUUGAUAGUUGAUUACAAUAUUAUAUUAUAUUGGCUGCUUAACAAUCAAUAAAGAUGGGUCAAUUUAUUAGUACAAAUCGCACAGACAACAGCAAUGACGAGCUUAUAAAUUCAUUAAUUAAGAGAGAGUAUAUACACACAAUUAAUGUGGAAAAAGUGUUCAGAAGUGUUGACCGAGGAUUAUAUUAUACCAAUGAUAAUAGACUAAACGCCUAUAGAGACAGUGCUUGGCAAUCGGGAGAUGUUCAUUUGUCUGCACCAAGUGUUUAUGCUACAGUUUUAGAAUGUUUGGAUCUCCACAAGGGUCAAAAGUUUUUAAACAUUGGUUCUGGAAUAGGGUAUUUUAGUACCCUAGCUGGUCUUUUAUUGGGUGUUAAUGGUGUCAAUCAUGGAAUUGAAAUUCAUGGUUCUUCAAUAGAAAUUGCAUAUCAAAAGUUGGAAGAAUUUAAACAAAAUUCUGCAGCAAUCGAUUAUUUUGAUUUUUGUGAACCUGUAUUCAUCGAAGGAAAUGCAUGUGAACUGCUGUCGGUUGGUUACUAUGAUAGAGUCUAUUGUGGAGCUGGAGUACCACCUGCGGAAUCUUCAUUUAUGAAGGCCCUUAUUAAAAUUGGUGGCGUAUUAGUUAUGCCAUUGGAAGGGUUCCUCGUAAAAGUAAUAAGGAAAGGUGAAUACUCAUGGAAAACAAUUGAAGUUUUGGAAGUAUCGUUUACAGAUCUUGUUGUGCCAGAAAAAUGUAGUAUGAAAGUUGCAAAGUUUCCUACUGUUGAACCAUUGAGCUUACAAGAGCUAUGCAGAUCAAACAUUCGUGCUUCCAUACGAGAUUGCUUGAAUGAAAGUCAUCCUGGCUUGCAAAUGCGCACUAAAUGUAAACCUACUAAAAGUUACGAUCAAAAAUUUUUUAAUACUGAAGAUCCAUUAAGUCAAUUUGUCCGCAUACAAUAUGGUACAAAUGAUAGAGGAAUGGUUAGUUUACGGAACAUUGUAGAUACAUUUGCUGGUUUGGAUGAGGCAAUAUCAGAUCUGGGUUCAACAUCUGGGAAUGAGGCCAUUGAAGAAGAUAAUGAUAACGUUAACAGUGGCAACAAUGAUGACGACGAUGAUGAUGAAGACGAUGUUGAUUAUGUUGAAGAAAGUGAAGAAAGUGAAGAAAGUGAAGAAAGUGAAGAAAUUGAAGAAAGUGAAGAAAUUGAAGAAAUUGAAGAAAUUGAAGAAAGUGAAGAAAGUUUACCUAAGAAAACUGAAUCAGAUACCAAAAGAAAAUCAUCUGAAGCUGGAUGUUCUGAACAAAAUGAGACAUUGCCAGAAGUACCAGAAAACACAAAAAGAAUGAAAAUGAACACAUCAUCUUCUACAGUCACAAAUCUCUUAAACAGCCAAUCUACCAAUAGCAGUAGUGAUUUUUGGGAGACCAUGUCUAGUGAUUCAUCCGAGCCUGAUGAUGAAGACGAUGAGGAAGAAGUUGAUGAUUCUGAUAGCUGGGUGUCAUCUGAGGAACAUGAUCAUAAUGAUGAUGAUUUUGGCGGAAUCUAUAACUCUUUGUUUAAUGGUGAAGAUAACUAUGACAGCGAUACUGAUAGCGAAGUUGCUAGAGAAUUGAUAUUAUACCGCUUUCUGAGCGAACGCAAAGAAAAUGAGCUGAGUAAACUCUUAAAGGUUAAAAUUGAUUCGUUACCAGUACCAGCUAUGCUAAAACUGUUUCUCAACUACAACAAAGAAGAAUGAUUAGAUUUUUGGCUGUUUAUGAAACAUUUUUUUGUUAUAUUUUAAUUCAAUUAUUUAGUUCAUAUUUUUUUUUCUGUAUAUAAUAUAUAUAAUUCUCAACUACAUUUUAUCUAGUUUAGUUGUUUAUUAUAAGAACUUAAAUAUGAUUUGUACAUUAUUUACUAUUACUACUAUAUCUUAAACAUUUCAGAUUUUUGUUAGUAUUCAUUGUUUAAUCAAAGCACAACAAUUAUUUUCUAAAAAAUACAAUUUCCCCUUCCAAACUAUUUAAGAUGUUGGAUAGUAAAAAAAGAAAUAACACAUAUAUGUAUUAUUUGUGUUUUGUUAAGAUUUUUUUGUUAAAUAAUUUAUGUAAUUUUAUUUACCUUUAUAAUAACCAGGAUAAUAUUAUAUUUCAUUUACAAUGAUGUAUAUUUAAUAAUAUUGUCAGAUGUGUAAAUGUUACAAUGUUAUUCUUAUAAAUUAUAAUUAUUAAAAUGUGCUAAAUGUUUAAAAGAUAAUAUGUAAACAUCAAUAAAGGAAAGUUUUCAUAAUGAUUUCUA